CAUCAGUGUUUCACAAUGCAUUCCUGUGCACCACCCAUGCAAUAAAUACUACUACUCUUGUGAUGCAUAUCGUUAUUGUUAAGAGAUUCAUACUGUUGUCACUUUGACUUUAUGUUGUUGUCUGGUUUUACUCACGCUCUGUAAUCUCCUUUUGCAGCAGGGUAUGAACUGGUGGGGGUGUGUCUGGGUGGGAACUAACUCCAAAAUACAAAUCACGUGUUGGCUCGAGUUCUUUACGUGUCGAGAAACACCGCCCUCCCGCGGAGCAUGGCAGUAUGGCAAAAAUAACAGCACCUCAGGACUAAACCAUUCACUUGUCAACGCAGAGAUGCAAUCACAGAUUAUCAAAAAUCUGGCAAAAAUUCCACUAAAGCCUUAAUAUUAUUGAAUAAAUAAAACUGUAAUUUUAACAAACACAAAUACUUACACUUGUCCUGUGACAGACAUUUUUGUAACAUUAAUGAGGAUUGUUUUGCUCCCCGUGCAUUGAAAGAGAGUGGUGCGGUCCAAUAGUAUUGAAGGCAAAGCUGAAAAACGGUUUGUUUUUACCGAGGGGAAGACGAGUUGCAGUUGUUAGCCGCCGCUGCACCUAUUUUAAAAACGGUUGUAACAUUUCUUAUAUAUCUGGUCGGUUUUCAGACAGCACAUUUCUUAGCUCGCCAUGGCUCUGUGCGGGGGUGUCGGAGCCAUGGCUUUGCCCAGCGAGCUUAUCGUCCAUAUAUUCUCCUUUCUGUCCGACCGAGACAAGCUCCGGGCCUCGGCGGUGUGUUCACGGUGGAGGGAGUGUCUCUUCUACCCCGCACUGUGGACCGAGCUCAAACUGCGGAUAGGCGGUGGGUGUAACGGCGGCGGCUCCAGCUCCGAGGAGACCCCAAAGCUAGAAUUCCUCAUGCGGAAGUUCGGUUCUUUUGUGCGGGAGCUGCAGCUUGAACUCGCACCGGUAGAAGGCUACCUUAGCCCUCUUAACAACGAGCCGCCGUCCACCAGGAUGGACCAGCCUCCCGGUCCCGAUGGCGACCCGCAGCUCUCCGAGCGAUGGAGAGACGCCAUGGCCACCUACUUGGACCAGGUGUUGUGUGUGUUCACCAGCAUCCGCAACAACAGAAACCUGCAGAAGCUGAGUCUGUAUGGAGACACCUGUAUUCUCCAGCAGGAAGGACUAUUAGACAGCUCUAACCUGCACCAAAUUCACCAAGGGGACAAAAAGAUCAAUGAAAUCCAGCAGCUGUUCAUGGAGUUGCUGUCUAACAGCAGGCAGCUGAGGUGGUUGUCCUGUAGCUUCAUGCUGGGUCUGGUGACUCCCUGCUCCUUAGCUUGCCUGUCGAAUCCUUCAGCUGAGACCCUGCAGCACCUCAGUUUACUGGACCACCAGCUAGGCCCCCUCAUCUCACCAUCAGAGUUAGAUCGCCUCUCUAAUCUUAAUUCUCUGGCUCUGGAUUUCUCCGACUUGACAUCUGAGCUUUGUGGUCUGCUGGCAUCUCCACGCCGAACUCCACUGCAUCGCCUCUCCCUGCUGCUCAAUGGCGCUGCCCUGGAGUUCAAACCAUUAGAAGGGACAGCCACAGAGGACGAUUGGAAGGCACUGGUUCGUGUGAGUGCCAACCUGCGAGUGUACAUUAUGGCCCUGGAGGUAGACAGCUCGGAGCUCCUCAGGGUCCUGAAACCUAGCCUUCCUCUGGAGCGCCUCCACCUCGACAGUUACAGCACGCUGGUGACGGAUGCCACAUUGGAGCUCAUCUCUCAGCAGUACAACAAAACGCUGACUCACUUCCUGCUUCUGAGGGAUGACCCCGACUUCCCUGACCUCAGUGUCAAUCGCAACGAAGACCCCUUGGUCCUCUUAGCAUGGAGAUGUACUCAGCUGGCUGUACUGGUGAUACAUGGUUACACUGUGUGGUCCCACAACUUGGUGGCCAUCUCGAGGCUGCGAGGCUCCAGUCUUCGGAUCCUGACCGUUUCUGAGGAGAGCAUCGACUUCGACCCGGACCAGUCGGUGUGCAUGGAAGGCGACCCAGUCCAUAACCUGGUCAAGGAGGUGUCGCUGGGCCUCGGCCGUGUCUGGCACCCAUGCCUGGAUUCUAGCCUGGUUUUGUCCGAACCUACCCAGCACUUCCACCGCGAGCUGCAAGCCUUCAGCAUGGGCAUGUAGGCAAGGAUGGCAAAUCCAAUACAUCACAGCCUAAACUGUGUCAAGACCAGACCAGACCCACCAGGUCCAAGUCAGCAGACCCAAGUGAGAAAUCUAAACUGGAUCUUAAAGCAGUCUAUAAAGUAAAUUCAUGUGAA